ACAAAUUUUGAUGUGUGAAUGCAGCAAAAGAUGAGCAUCUCCGUAAAUGGGCAGUCCCAAGUCCCGCCGGGGUUCCGUUUCCACCCCACCGAAGAGGAGCUCCUCCACUACUACCUCCGCAAGAAGGUCUCCUUCCACACCAUUGAUUUGGACGUCAUUCGCGACGUCGAUCUCAACAAGCUUGAGCCAUGGGACAUCCAAGAGAAAUGCAAGAUUGGAAGCACCCCGCAGAAUGACUGGUACUUCUUCAGCCACAAAGAUAAGAAGUACCCUACCGGAACUCGCACCAAUCGGGCCACCGCCGCCGGUUUCUGGAAGGCCACCGGCCGCGAUAAAGUCAUCUACAGCAACUGCCGCCGCAUCGGAAUGAGGAAGACACUUGUGUUUUACAAAGGUCGCGCCCCUCACGGCCAGAAGUCUGAUUGGAUCAUGCACGAAUAUCGCCUCGACGAAAACUCCACCUCUCACUACCAACAACAAAAUAAUAUUCAUAUGAAGGGUUCGGCGAGUAGUGUUGUGAUGGGAGACGGGGGGCAGGAAGAGGGGUGGGUGGUGUGCAGAAUAUUCAAGAAGAAAAAUCACCACAAAACCCUAGACAGAGACACUCCCAUUCCCAUUACCACU